GUGUGGCAACGCCGCGAGCGUUUCAAGAAAGCGGCGCAAGAAAUUGUUAUUAUCAAAACAGUUACACAUGUUUUAAGCGUGCACAAUGCCCCGUUCCAAUGCGGACGAUGAAACUGAAACCGAAACGCGAUGCGACUACUGCCAGGCUGCCAUAGAAGAUGACAACUAUCUGGAUUGCCAGAAGUGUGAGCAGAGCGUGCACAUCAAAUGCUUGCCACAUGCGAGCACGCCGGGCGAUCUGCUGGGCGAUGUUUUCUUCGAUUUCACGUGCAUCAAAUGCGUGCGACUGGAACCAACAGCGGACGAAGACGUGCCCAAGGAGCGUUUCGUACGCCAGCGCAUACCCUGGCUGCUGGUGCUGACGCUGACGCUCUACAAUUUGUCCAUAAAGUCGAAGGGCCUGAGCCAUCAUGGCUAUUUCCACUGGCGGACGCACAUUAUCAGCUUUGUGGACAAGAACUGGAACUACAUAUUCGAGCCACGUGUACGCCGCCGCAAGCAAUGGGCUGGUUCCGUUUCGGGCGCUCUGUCGCACAACAGCCCGGAAUACUUUCAGUCUGGCGUGAACGUGUGCCUGGAGCAUGGCUGGUGGCGACUAGCCAAGCCCAAUUUAACGCCUCGUAGCGUGCGCGCAGAGUAUGAGCAGCGCCUGCUGGAGCGUCAGCAGCUGCGCACGGAUCGUCGUGCGACAGCGCUGGACGAGAACAGCUGCGGCAGCGAUUUGUCUGUCACAGAUCAUCUGAGCGAUGCACAGGCAUCCGUGACAACAGAGGAAACGGCAGAAGGCCUGUCGCCGCCCAGCGAGGGCUGUGCGCGUGCCAUUCCCUACAUGGGUCGCCUGCCCAAGCUGCAGCCGGAGUCGCAGCUGCAGCCUGAGGAACAGCUGCAGCAGUCGGAGGAAACAUUGGAGGAGGCGGCACAGCAGCAGCCGCUGAGCAGCGUGCAGGCCAGUCUAAUGGACUUUCUGGCCGAGAGCCUGGGUGGCGAUGAUCUGAGCAUGUUUAUGCCGCCGCCGCUAAUUGGCGCCGGCGACAAAGGAGACUUCUUCAUGUCCGACGCGCUGCUCGAGGCGCCCGGCAACAGCGCCAGCCUGUUUGAGCUGGAAAAUAACUUUGGUUUGCCGCCAGUUGAGGAGACCGAGCCUGUGCCAAGGCUGGAGCAGCCAAAGCUGUCCUCGAGCAGCAGCUCCGAAUGCGAGGAGGAGCCCAUGGAAACAGAGCAGCCAGCAGACGAGGAGAGCAACAGCUACCAGCCGCGCAUAGUGCAGGUGACAAAUUUUCAGGCACAGGAGCAGCAACAGCGGCCGCCACAAGUCAAGGAGGAGCCGCCGGAGGUUAAAGAGGAGACGGAGGACGCGGAACUGGAGCCACCAGCAACGAGCAGCAAUAAAGAGAUUAGCCUGGAGCCCUGCAAGCCAAGUGGUUUUGUUCGACAGCCGCGUCGCAACUGGCCCUGGCUGCAGGAGACCGAGCAGGAGGAGCCUGAGACGCAACAGGAUGAGGCGACGCAGCAACGGCAACUGCGUCUCAUGAAUGUCCAGGAGGAGGAACAACUGCAGCAGCAGCUGCACAAGAUCUUCGCGCUGGAGCCGCACAAGCAGGGCAAUGUGCCCGCCUACGUGCGGCGUCUCUUUCGCAAGCUGUGCGUGCGCCAAUGGAAACGGGAGCACAAUCGACCCAUCUUCAAUCUGGACGAGCAUGUCGAUCCCACGGCGCGUGCACGCCGGCAGCUGGCCAAGCAACAACAGGCACACAUACUCGAUCGAUAUCAGCUGCUGGAACAGGGUAAUCCCAGUAAUCGCAGUUCGUUCUAUGCACGCAUCGUGGGCCACACCGAAUACGAGCUGUUCGAGUCGCCCUAUACGCAGCGCGUGCUGCAUCCCUUCAUCUAUCGCAACCAGAGCAUGGGUCCGCCCUGGCUGCGGCUGAUGUGUGAGCUCCAGUAUCGCGUCAAUAGGUGCUAUCCCAACCGCUCCACCAUCGACUUUUGCUAUGUGCGCCCGCAGCACAUACCGGCGGUCAAUGCGCUGCUCCAGAGCGUCUUCUGGCCGGGCAUUGAUGUGAGCGACUGCCUCAGCUAUCCGGACUACAGCGUCGUGGCGCUCUACAAGAAACUGGUCAUCGGCUGUGGCUUCCUCGUGCCGGACGUGGGCUACAAUGAGGCGUACAUCUCUUUUAUGGCCGUGCGCCACAAUUGGCAGCGCGCCGGCAUCGCCAGCUUCAUGCUCUAUCAUCUCAUUCAGACCUGCAUGUCCAAGGAUAUUACGCUCCACGUCUCGGCCAGCAAUUCGGCGGUCAUGUUGUAUCAAAAGUUCGGCUUCAAGAUCGAGGAGGUCAUCCUCGAUUUCUAUGACAAGUAUUUGCCGCCAGACUCGAAACAAAGUCGAAACGCGUUCUUCUUGCGGCUGAUGAGAUAGGGAAUACCUCUAAUGUGCGUGCCGACCAACAGCCUAAAUGAGUUGCUAACUAAACUGUAGAUUAUUUUAGUUAAAAUACGGCAGGGCUACGAAAUAAUAGUAUCAUAUAUGUUAUAGGAUAGACUUAAGAUAUAGGAUAGAAUUAAGAUAUAGGAUCGAAUAUACAUAUAGGAUAGAAUAUAGAUAUAGGAAAGGAUAAAGUAAUCGCAUUAUGUACAAUAUUUUGCCUAGCAGCAGAAUGAAGACGAAUUUCGUUAAAUUAUGUUUAAAAUAUCUGGAAUUUUUACCCAAUGUACCUUUUGAUAAAGAUAUAGAUAAAGAUAUGAGUAG